AUGGCCAAGGCUAGGUUACUCAAUUCUGGCUCAAAUAUGGGUUGCCAUUCAACGGCCAAGGCUUGGUUGCCUAGUCUUGGCCCAAGACUGGGUUCUUUUGCCUCGGCCAUUCUAUGGCGAAACAGUCUUGGCCCAACGCUGGGUUUUCUUGCCUUGGCCAUUCUAUGGCGAACCAGUGUUGACCCAACGCUGGCCAUUCUAUGGCAAACCAGUGAAGGCCUAACGCUGGGUUUCUUUGCCUCGGCCAUUCUAUGGCGAACCACUGUUGGUCCAGGCUCGGAUAAUCAUUGGGCCGGCCGAAGCUUGGUUACCCAGUCUUCGUCCAGGCUCGGAUAA